AUGCCGUCCAGCCUCCCGCUCUUCAAAGCAAUGUCCAUGGCCCAGAAACGGCCCUAUCAGGUCUCCGGGCAUAGGGCUAUCUGCCCCUUCCUCCUUCCACCUCCUCUUGCUCCUGGGCCACUGGGUUUUCGAAAAUCCGGAAAAUCCAAGAGGGUGGUCUCUUUUGUUUGCGCAAUUCCUCAGCAGUUUCCGAGCCUGACGCUGACCCUGCUCGGAAUCCUAGGAAGCCCGUCCAAAGGUAACCCCAGCGGACACCGGUCCUGCCCCCGGGACGCACGACCCCCGCCCCCCACCCUCGCGUGCCCGCGAACACUCAACAGGAGUUCGGAGAGCGAGCCCCGGCGAGCAGAUGGCGCGGCCGGCCGGCCGUCGGUCCGCCCGUCCUCCGCUCGGCCCCGCGGGGCCCGGUCAGUGCUUCCCCCGCGCCCGCAGACCCUCCGCGCCGCCAGCGAGACGGCAGCUCCAAAACAAAAAGGCGAUUCCGGGAGGUGGCGUCCUGAGGAAGGAGGGGAUCGCCGAAGGGGAGGUGAGGGGUGGGGAGAGGGGGAGGGAGGGGAAAGCAGGCUGGAGGCUCGGGCAAACUCCGCCGCGCUUCCGCGCGUCCCAGCGAGGCAGGACCGGCCGGCUCCGCCCUCCCGCGGGCCCGGGGCGCCGCAGCCGAGCCCCCGCCUACUCCUCCGCGCGGCUUCCCAUCUGGCCGGCGCCCCGGCUCGCUGGCGCUCAGUCCGGGAGGCCAGAGGGAGGAGACGACCCGGGAGCCAGGGGGCCCGAGAGCCUCCGGGGCUGCUCCCUGGGACCGCCGCCUCCCCGGCUCUCCCGCCGCCUGUCCGCCCUCGCCGGAGACACCUCACGCCCCCGUGGUUGGAGCGCCGGGCGGGGGAGCUUGCCAGCCGUCGCUGCCUCGCUUCCUGGACUCCGUCAUCCUCCUGCCUUUUCCGUGACGCAAAUGGAGUAAAACUCAGAAAGUUUGCAAAGCGUGGGGCUGCGAGGAGCACCGCGCCAGAACCAGGAUCGGAGGAUCGGGGGCUCAGAUGUGUUGUGACAAGUAGAUGCUCCCUGCCCAGUGCGACUAGAGCCGUGGAAAGUGCACGUGAGGGUACCUACCCCAGCCUGGGUGAGGCAAGGAUCGAGGAAGGCUUCCUGAAGGAGGAGGUGCCUAAGAUUAACUGGUACAAGGUAGUUCUACUAAAGAUGGAUACCUUUGGCUGUUUCGAGGGACAUGGUUCCCAGACCUCUGGCUCCAAAACCCAGUUUCACUGGUUCAGUGAGUGUUCAACUCCUUUUGCAGGUCUGGCAUUUGACCAGAAUAAAGGCCUAUGUACGAACCCCAGAAGCCUAGCUAUUAAUUUGCACAGAGAAAUAAAACUGCCAAGCAGAACUGAAUUUCUGCAUCAAUAGAUCAAGGCAAUUUGGGCUACUCCUUGGGAGGCCCAGUUACCAGAAAGUUAGCUCAGUGAGCCUGGAACCCCCAAGAGGGGAAAAGGUGUGACAAGUUUCUCAGUCAAGUACUUUACAGUCUUGUUUCCUGGCCUGGCGUGGU